AUGGCAGCAUUAUCAAUCGAUCAAAUAGGAGGAUUACUAGCUUCAUUUGAAGUACGUCCUACUCUCGUAGAAGAUGUUCUACGUGAACAAUUAAAGGAUUCUGAUCUUCAAAAGUUAGCUGAAGAAGCAGGUAAAGGAUUGAGGAUGGACUAUCAAUUAAGAGCGGACAAAGUGCUAAUAAAAAAGGGUAGGAUAUAUGUACCCAAGGACUUAGCACUUAAACAAGCCAUUCUAGAGGAGGCACAUAGUUCAGCCUAUGUUAGGCAUCCGGGAAAUACGAAGAUGUACAGGACAUUAAAGAAAUCGUACUGGUGGCCUGACCAAUUAGCUAAGUUGUAUGUGGAUCGAAUUGUGAGUCAGUUUGGAGCUCCAGUUUCAAUUACGGAUGGUCAGUCUAAACGGACAAUUCAUACAUUAGAAGACAUGCUGAGAGCAUGUAUAUUGCAAUUUAAGGGCAGUUGGGAUACGCAUCUGUCGUUAAUCGAAUUUACGUCUAACAACAGUUACCAUUUGAGUAUCGGAAUAGCACCGUAUGAGGCACUGUACGGAAGACCAUGUAGGACUCUGAUAUGUUGGGAUGAAGUCGGUGAAAGGAAAUUACUAGGUCCAAAACUUGUGCAACAGACAGACAUCAGAUAA